AUGGAUGCAUUUACUGAAGAUAUUCCUAUGCCAGACGCAGGAUCUGAAAAUUUAGGCGGAUUUAUACCAUUAAGGCAGAGAACAGAAAUUAACUCGAACGAACAAAUAUUAACAAUGGACAAUCAAAAUGAACUUUUCGAUAUAUCUAUGUCUCCUGAAGAGAAAAAGCCUUUAAAGAAAACCAUGUCAAAAAGGAAGUUACGAAAGCCUAAAAAUCCAUUGCUAAUACAUGGAAAAGAAAAUUCUGAAAAGCCUUUGAGAAGAAAAUCCAGUAAUACUUCCCAACUCAUCCGGAAAGAGCAUGCAGAUGCCAGUCAUUCUACUAAUUGGGUACAUAUGCAUCGUGACAUUCCCGUUGUAGUGAGCGGGUACUUGCAGCUUCUAUUUAACGUCUGUAUAAUCUCAAUUGUCCUUUAUUUUUUGUUUUCAAUGGUAUUUACUAUGCAAGGUGAUAUACGAAACAAUAUAAGUACAGAACGAUCGCUCCUUGCAUAUAAAGCAAUGGAAUGUCAGAGACACUAUAGAAAAUACGACUGUGAUAGUCCAAGCUCAGCAAUCAGUAAGGUAUGCGAUGAUUUACGGGUUUGUAUUCUGAGAAAAACAAGCAAUACAAGACUAGUAGCCAAAAUAUUGGCCGAAAUUAUAGAUACUUUUGUGAACCAUAUAUCCUAUAAGACCAUGAUUUUUUCCUUACUACUUGUUUUUGGAAGCUUGAUUGCUUCAAACUAUGCCUUCAGUCUUUUUCGGGCAAAGCACUCUCAGAACCUGCCUACUUAUGCCACGAGCGCAAUACCUGCGAUGAUCUCUAGUAACCAUCUGCUGGAACAAGAACCUCACAUAAAUGGUAAUCAAAAACUGCUGAAACUACAGUCCGAAGAUGGAAAGUAG